AUGGUAGCAUAUUUUUUGACGCAAUGUUCUCAUGUACAACUUAUUCUGGACAAGAAAAAUUACGAACAAUCAAUGGCGAUAUUGAGUGCUCUAGCAGACUUCAAUUUUAAAACAUGCAUUAACUUCUACCCUGUAUUGACUGCACCCAAAGACGGUCAGCAUGUUUUGACCUUUGUUAAUCCUAAUGGCAUACGACGGUGCAAGAUUAAAACUGUAGGACACUCCAACCAUUUUCCACAUCUGGUUGAACUAGGCUAUGAUUGUAUUCGGUCUCCUCUCAUUGAAAUGAUGAUCAUGAGAGCGCUGGGCCUCCCCUUCGAGCAUAACCGGAUGAGCAGAACUGUGUACAUAGAUGUCUUACUACAAAAUGUUGAACCUGAAACGAAUAUACAAUGCGUUGAUUACGAUGCCGUUAUCCUCAUUCUAUAUCCAGAAGAUCUAAGUGUGCCCUUGCCAAGACACAUCGGAAGUUUUAUAGAGAAGAUCUCCAAGGUCGACAAGCAUAUCCACAAAGCUGCAACCGUCUGGAAUUGUGAUUAUGUAUCUGGCGGCAGACUGGUCCUGUCUCCAACUGGGAAGAUUUCACCUUACCAUGACGCCAAGGUUGUUCGAGACGCUGCGUUCAAAGGUAUGACCAGAGCGCUAGAAGCUGGAGCAAAGAAACCGCUGCUUGUCGUUCAGAAUGUCGUCAAUUUUCCUGAUGGACAGCUUGUAUGCAUCCUGGGAGCGCUAGAAGCUCUGUACGUACCCUUACAAACAAGAGAACGGGACGCACCGAACAAUUUCUUAAGAAUCGGCUUCCAUUCUGAUGAAAUAUUAACCGAUCGCUUUGAGAAAACAGUCCGCAACGCGCUUGCUCUGGAAAAAUCAAGAAUUUUGACUAGAGAUAUAGCUGGAUCCGAUCCUGAGAGAAUGACUCCUGCUAACAUUGUUAACUAUGUCAAAUCAUCCUUUAAAGCUGAUAGCAAUAUAACGAUCAAAAUAAUUGAUGAUCAAGAAACAAUUGCUGAAGAAUAUCCUUUACUAGCUGCGGUUGCAAGAGCAUCAUCUCAAAUCGAAAGACAUAAGCCAAGAGUGGUUGAACUAGAAUACAAGCCUUCAGACAUUACUAGGGUAACUCAAACCCUAUUACUGGUCGGUAAAGGCGUUACUUACGACACUGGUGGUGCUGAUUUGAAAAUUUCUGGAAAGAUGGCUGGCAUGUGUCGAGACAAAAGCGGUGCAGCGGCUGUGGCAGGGUUCUUGAAAGCCUGUUCCAUAUUAAAACCACCGCAUUUAAAAGUGAAAGGCGUCCUAUGUCUAUGUAGAAAUUCUAUAGGCGAAGAUUCUUAUGUACCGGAUGAAUUAUUGAUAUCGAAAAGUGGAAAAACUGUUCGUGUGACCAAUACGGAUGCUGAAGGGAGAUUUGCGAUGGCUGAUGCAUUGUUCAAGAUGGGAGUUUUGGCUGAGAACGAACUUAAUCCACAUUUGUACACAAUUGCUACUCUGACUGGUCAUGCUAGAUUAUGUUACGGAAAUUACACAGCAGCUCUCGAUAACCACAGCGCUAGGGGAACUAACCACGCAACGGCUUUACAGUUUAGUGGAUCAAGAGUCGGGGAAGGAUUCGAAGUGUCCUUCAUCAGACCUGAAGACUUAGCAGUCAAUAAUGGCAAAUGCAAAGGCGAGGAUCUAGUUCAGGUUGAUAUGGAGGCAAAAUGCCGUCAUCACCAACUAGCUGGAGGGUUUUUGAUCAAAGUUGGAGGUUUGGAAGAUAAAAAUAUUAAGUAUACACAUUUGGAUAUUGCUGGUGCAGCCGGAACGUCGCCUUCUGAACCGACUGCUGUGCCAAUUUUGAGUCUGUGCCACGUUCAUAAAGUUUUGAUAUGA